AUGAAUCCAGUAAGUCCCUGGAUCGCGGCUUUGGCCGACCAAUGUCUCUCAUUUUAUAUCGGUCAAAAUGAUCAAGAUGAAGUCCAGGUGGAAGAUAUCGACGGAUGUCUCAGCUUCAGUUUCUGCAAGCCGACACUCAAGACAGCCGUUGUUGUAUCGUGGGGAGAAGGAGAGAAGAGUCAUUGCGCCACAUUUACAGAUUCAAAGAACCAGAUUGAUGCGAUUAUUUUACAAGACUCGCCGGACGUACAGGGAGCAACAUCACCCUGUCCACCGUCGCUUAAAGGAGGCCCUAGGCACCUAGUUGAACUUUUCGACAUCAAGCUCAUUUUAACGUACUCAGCACCUGCCCCGGAUGUCUGCCUCCAAAUUAAACGGUUUACUAUCCACCCGAAUGCGGUUCCGAGAGGGGAUGUACCGAAACCAAAGCUCAAGAAAACAACGGCUCUUAGAGCCCUGAUGACUAUGGCAUGCGACAAAAUCCAAAAGACGCGAGGGCAUGCUAGCUCCAACGAUCAAACAAAUGCUAGAUUGACCGACCCAUUUGCUUCUCAGCGUGAUCGAACUAUGCCGCUCAAUCAUUCUCAAACCAAUAUGGCAUCACAGUUGCUCUUCUCCCAACCCCCGUCUAAUAUGCGCCAUGGCGCACCGAAGAGUAAUGCAAUGACCAGUCGUGUUUCCCUCAACGGGUCAUCAGAUCUUCUAGGAUUGCUCGCUCCUUCUCAUCCAAUUCAAACAAAUUACGCAGCCACUAGAGAGGUGCUCGAGGCCCACGGACUACCUCUUGGUGAAAGUGAAAGCAGGCAUUCUCCCUUGCCAAAUACAGGAAUUGAAUAUGUUACCAAUCAAUCUUACGCAGAUAUUGAAAAAGAAGUGGUAGACUUUAUAGCGGAGUGUACGGGCACACAACCUCCCAAUGAGUCGGAUGAUCAUGGCCCGGCUCGCAAUGUUGGAAUGGGGGACAUUCAGCCGUCAAAAAAAAGACAUCGUGGUAGUACAGAUGUGCUAAUUCACAAUGAUGGCCUGAGCUCGCAGGGCCGGCAAAGUUCAAAUACACCACCCUCCAAAAAGCGACAGCGCAUUGAUGCUGGGUACAGAUCGUAA